AUGGAUGAAAAAACCAAGCGAUAUAUGAAAUUAUUGCAAGAAGCUGAGUGUGAAUUGUAUGAAGGUUGUAAAAAUUUCACAAAACUGGCAUUCAUUGUUCAUCUCCUACAACUAAAAGUUCUAGGUAGUUGGCCUGAUAAUUCCUUCACUCUUUUACUUCAAUUGUUGGUAAAAGCCUUUCCUCAUGCAAAGUUACCUUCAUCCUUUUAUGAAGCCAAAAAAAUAACUGAAGAUCUUGGCUUCACAUACCACACUUCGGAUGUUUGCCCAAAGGACUGUAUGAUAUUUCAUGGUGAAGAUAGUAAACUUAAAGAAUGUGAAGUAUGUGAAUCACCUCGAUACAAGUCUGGGGGUAAGCAAAUUGCUGCAAAGCAAAUACGGUAUUUUCCAUUAAAGCCAAGAUUGCAAAAACUUUUCCUGUCAUCUGAGAUUGCUUCAUUAAUGAAAUGGCUUGAAAAAGAAAGAACUGAUGAUGGUGUCCUGAGACACCCUGCUGAUUCUCAAGCUUGGAAGUCUUUUGAUAACAAAUAUUCAUCUUUUGCUAGUGAUUGUCGUAAUAUUAGACUUGGAUUAGCUGCGGAUGGAUUCAAUCCUUUUAGAACAAUGAACACAUCUCAUAGUACGUGCCUGUUAUGCUUAUUCCAUACAAUUUACCCCCAUGGAUUUCGAAAGCUGAGAGCAUCCUUUGAUGGAACACGAGAAUAUGGAAACAAGCCAAGAAGGCUUUCAGGGUAUGAAAUGUAUGAAGAAGUGAGAGAAGUUUUAACGGAUUAUAAGAAAGAUGACAUUAAAAAAAGACACAAUGGGGAGUUUCAUUUACCGAGUGAGACCAAUUGGAAGAAAAAAAGUAUAUUUUUUGAGUUGCCUUAUUGGAUGGAUAAUUUAGUACCACAUAAUAUUGAUGCGAUGCAUACAGAGAGAAAUUUCAUGGAAAAUGUACUUUCUACAAUACUUGGCAUAGCAGGAAAAUCAAAGGAUCAUCUGAAUGUUCGUUGUGAUUUGAAAGAAAUGGGAAUAAGGAAAGCAUUGCAUCCUACUCUAAUGGCCUCUGGUAAAGAGCAUAUUCUUCCUACAAAAUUUACAAUGUCCAAGGAUGAAAAAUUGGUUUGUUGUAAAGUUUUGAAAAAUAUCAAACUUCCAAACGGCAUUGCAUCAAAUAUAUCAAAAUGUGUACACUUGGAGGAGCGAAAUAUAUGGGGUUUGAAGUCUCAUGAUCAUCAUAUUCUUAUGCAACUGUUGCUUCCGUUAGCUAUUCGCAAAGCAUUGCCUAAAGAUAUAGUUAAAGUUCUUAUAGAGUUAACUAAUUUUUUUAGGCAACUAACUUAA